AUGAGCAAUGAGAACAUCGAACACAGCAAGGAGUCAAGGCCCGAAUGGGACCAUCUCGAGGACUGGCUCAGAGGCCAGGUGCAGGGACUGAUCCAGCACGUGCUCGAAGAGGAGGUGACGGAGUUCCUGGGCAGGGCGAAGUCGGCGCGACGGUCGGGUUCAGACAGCGACAGUGGUUAUCGGAACGGGCACUCACGUUCCCGGAAGCUGACAUUGUCAUCUGGGACGAUACGAGUGAGGAGGCCGAGGGUACGCGACACCGAGGAGAGGUUCGAGAGCAGGCUGUUACCGCUGUUCGUCAAGAGGAGCAGACAGAUCGCCGAGUUGAUUCCUGAGUUGUAUCUGCACGGCCUGUCUGAGGGGGACUUCGACCUGGCAUUGCGAGGGUUGCUGGGGGAUGAUGCGCCGUUGUCAGCCAGCACGGUGAGUCGUCUGAAGGAGAGGUGGAACGCCGAGUUGUCCGAGUGGCGUGGUCGUCGUCUCGACGAGUUGGAGGUGGUGUAUGUGUGGGUGGACGGGGUGUACGUGAAGGCAGGUUUUGAGCGAGAGAAGGCUGCUGUGCUGGUGGCGAUCGGAGCGCUGAGCGACGGGAGCAAGGUGGUGUUGAGCGCAGAGCCUGGCUACAGAGAGUCGACCCGGAGUUGGUCUGCGGUGCUCAGGGAUCUCAGAGACCGCGGGAUGGGCUGUCCGCGCCUGGUGGUUGGAGACGGACACCUCGGCAUCUGGGGAGCGCUUCGCAACAUCUACCCCGAGGCGGCUGAACAGAGAUGUUGGAACCACAAGAUCAUAAACGUGCUGGACCGGCUGCCGAAACGUCAGCAAGAGAGUGCGAAGUUGAUGCUGAGGAACAUCCCGUACGCAGAGAGCAGGGCUGAGGCUGAGCGUAUGAGAACGGUGUUCAGCCGGUGGUGUCGGGAACACUCAUACGAGGGGGCAGCUGAGAGCCUGGAACGUGACUGGGAGAGAAUGGUGACGUUCUACGACUUUCCCCUCGAGCACUGGAGGCACAUCAGAACGACCAACCCUGUGGAGUCACCGUUCGCUGCACUUAGGCUCAGGACCGACGCGGCCAAACGCUACAAGAGGGUGGAUCGGGCGAUAGCGGUGAUCUGGAAGAUGCUGCUGGUGGCUGAGAGCAGGUUCCGCCGGCUGAAGGCGCCUGAUCUUAUGAGGGAUGUCUACCAGGGCGCCAGGUACGACGAUGGGAUCGUCAUGAACACGAUGACUGAGAAGGUCGCCGCCUGA